AUGGAUAUACAAAAAAAUUUUAAUACAGGCUAGAAGACUAACGAAGAGCAAUAAAACAAGGAAGAAGUUUGCUUAAAGCCAAUUCAAGUAAAAAAUACUAAAAUUCUAAGAAAUUUUCCAGAGGACUUUUUUGCACAAUCAAAACUUAAAAUAAACUAACCAACAAGAAAAAAUCUAGAUAAAAUAUUGAGAAUAAAAUCAGAGGGAAAUAUUGGGUUACCAAGCAGUAGCGUCGUAAGCUCACAAAAUAGAAGCUAAGACAGUUCAUUUAAACUAACAAUGAAAAGCGAUGAUAAAGCUUUGAUCCAGACCUAGCAGGAAGUGGUCAACGCUUACUACUAAUAACAAAACAGGCCUUCUUCGUAAAUUGAUAUAACUUCACAGCUAAUAGCAAAAUAAGCAUUCGAAAAUACUACGAAGCUUAAUCAAAGAUCUACUAUCUAGUAAUAGGACUUAUUCGAAGAUCUGCCAAUUCAGAGAUUUAAUUCAGAAAAAUCACUUAGUCGGCAUUUGAUAUAGAAGGAAGCACUUGUGGAUUAUAAGGACUACCUCAGUAGCUUCAUCCAGCCUCAGAAAAUGUUUUUUGAAAGAAGGUUAGUUGAGAAGGAAGUAAAGACAAGACGUUCGCGCAGCUUUCAAGCAAUAUCAAAUUAAAAUUCAGAGAGCCCAACAGAGGAUAAGCCACCCAACCCCAUUCAAAAUAAAAAAGUGACCCUUAAACCAUUUUAAAAGAUAGAGUUCGAAAGGUAUAGGAACAGAUCACAGCAGCGAGUUAUAAGAAAGGAUUAAGAUUUGGACUUUAGCAAAAUACUCCAAAAGUUAAAGGAUCCAAGCCAGCUUAAUAAUUAAGAUUAAAUAUAAGAUAUUAAAAAAUUCGAAGAUAGCUUGACUCAAGCAUUGCUAACCCAAUAAAUCUAGCCAGCCAAUCACUCUAAAUUUUCCAUAAAUUCUUCUAAACUAGAAGAUAGCUCGAAUAGCAACCAUAAAUUUCGAAACAUACAGCUUAACGACUAGUUAAAGAUUCUUCACCUGUAAAAGUAAUGCUAUACUACUAGAAACUAAGACUCAAAAAGUCGUAAUUAGAGAGACGAACUUUUCCCUCUUUUUCAAUCCGAUAAAAUUCUUAACCAAAAGCUUGAAAGUGAUUGCGUCAAGGGUUCCUUCCUUCAAAAAUUUGAGACCUAGCAAUGGAGAGGCUUGACAAACUAUCAGUAAUCUUGUUUAGAAAGCUAAACCAAUGAACAGCUGGUUGAAAGUGAUCUGUAAUAGUAGACAUGCAAUAAUCCGACAACCAUCUUUAAUACUAAUAAUAUCAAAAUCAAUAAUAAAAAACGCAAAAUAGUAUUAAUGGCCAAUAUCAAUAAAAAGUAGCAGAUCAAGCAACCUUUCAAAGAACCACCAUCUUUAGAGUAGAUUACAGCUAGAUUCAAUCAACACUAUAAUAUGGAAUAUAAUUAAUCCAGUUAGCAUGAAAAUCAAUCUGCAAAAGCAGCCGAUUCAAACUUAAUGUUUCAAACCCCUAAAAGUAGCGAAAACGGGGCUAUCUCAACAGCAGCAGAUCUAACUGCAUAUAUGAUGAGGGAAAGCACAGAAUUUGCCUAGAGAGUGCAAAAUUUUCACAGCAACCUAAGCAGUUUACAGGUGUCACAAAGGCCAAGCGUAAGAAAAAUUACUGAAAGUACAAUACAAGCAGAAGGCCAAGACUACUAAUGUGAGUCCUAAGGCCAUGAUAUGAUCUUUGAAGAAGUCAAAGAAGCAUAAGCUAUACCAAAUCUUUAGAUAUUCGGACUUACCUUCGGAAAAAGUCUAAUUUGA